AUGGCUCCUAUACCGGUGGACAACAAUCUCGUCGCAGAGACAGACCAGAAUUCAAAGCCUGAUUCAGGAUAUUGGACGAAAGCCAACAUCGCCCUCACCGCCGUCUUCGCUCUUAUCUUCCUAGCCAUCUGCCUUGCAUCACUUGUCUUUUGGCUCCACCGAAGAAACGAAAAGAAGAAGCUCGACAACCGCAAAUCAGAUACAGCAGGCCUCUUGGCGAACGAGGACAAGACAAGCAUGUUCAGUCGUGUCCGAGCGAGCAGCGUUACACUAUACGUCGACUCGGAAACAGAAGCGCGCAACAAGAGGUCAAGCACAGAGACUAUGAACCUCGUACCGCUACAAGUCACGCCAGCGGAGGAGGUCAGAGACCCGAUCGGUGACAACACGGAGAGCUCUGGUACGGGUGUGAGUUCUGUUAGCCGACAAAGCCAUGCAACCCUCAGUACUAUGGUGCUCAGCCCGAUGCUGAGUCCUGUGCUGAGUCCGACAUCAUCGAGUGGCGAUGGGGGCGAUUUGGGUGUACGUCCAUCGGGACGCGCACGCAGCACAAGCACGGCAAGCCAACGGGCACGAUACUACGAGUCGACGCCUACAAAUAUCGCGAUGCCGCCAAUUCCGAAGAUCGUUCACACAUUGUCAGAUUAG